AUUAAGUUUUUGAUAAACAAUUUGUUUCGUUCGGCGGCGACGUCRUGUCGGCCCAUUAGGCGCAGUGAAAACUGGAAAAUAUGAGUGUUUUUACUUCUAUACUUAUCUAACUUUAUCUACUUUAAUAUUAUAGACGCCACCAAGUUUGUUCGUUUUGUAAACCGGUUCACUUCUAUAAAGUUACUAAAAUUAAAAACAUUGAAAACUGUUUCAAACGAGGAAACUGGUAAUAACGAAGUGUACUUCGGCCGUCGUUGAAAGAAUGAAAUAGUGUCAAAGAAAGAAAUGAGGAAGUUUUUGCAAAAUUUGCAACCAUCAAGCRCCGGAAAGGAAAGCUUGGUGGGUGCUGGUAGGACAACACGUGACAUGAUACUCGACGGAAAAUCUUCAAAACCUGAACAGACAGCCAACGAGACGGAAGUAAACGUUAAUGAAACAUCUUCUGUUGUUUCGUCGCUAUACAUAAAAUUGUUAACUGAAGAUCUCACUUCUGAAGCUGGCCCAAGUGAAAAAUAUUGGGAAGUGAUCUCUGAACGUCGAAGAAAAGCUCUAUUAGAAGCAUUGGAUGAACAUCAACGAUUACAUGCAACAGCUAUUGCUUUAGAAGAAGAGAAUUUGUCUUUAGAGGUAUUAGUCAAUAACACAACUCAUCUUGUCAACACUCUUAAGAAUAUGAUAAAUGAGGAUUCUUCUGAUGACGAUCAUGAACUAUCUAAUAGACAAGAAGACAGUAAUUUGAGUACCCCCGACAGUAAUUCAAGUGUAAAACAUAUACAUAAAAAAAUGAAGACGUCACCAGAUGAUAUUUCAGAUAUCGACUAAGAGAGUUAAAUUAUAUAUAUAUUUCUAUGUUUAAUAUUUAAUUUACUAACAUAACAAUAUUAUUUUACAAAAAAACCACA